CGUUAUAGUGUAGAACAGAAAGCCUUCGCAUUAACACUGUACAAGACUAUGGGGAAGCAUGCAUAUAAUACUUUAAGAUCGAUUUUUAAACAAAUUCCUUCGAUACAAACGUUACAAUCGGUGUUGCACCAAAUACCUGUAUAUCCUGGAUUAAACCCAUUUAUUUUGAGACAUUUAGAGAGUGUAGCUCAAAAAAUGUCAAUGAAAGAAAAAAUAUGUAUUAUGAUGUGGGAUGAGGUAUCUAUCCAACCUAAGUGCACUUAUGACAUUCGGAAAGAUGUCAUUUGUGGUCUUGAGGAUUGGGGCAACAAUCGAACGGGAAAAGUCGCGGAUCAUGCUUUAGUUUUUAUGUUACGCGGAUUACAUUCUGGUUGAAAAAUGCCACUUUUAUUUAAUUUUUGUGAUAAACAGACUAAUACCGCUCAGUUAAUUAGAUGCAUUAAAAAAGUAGUAUCAGAAAUUACAAAGACAGGCUUCCACAUAGUUGCAACAGUGUGCGAUCAAGGUUCCUCCAAUGUAGCUGCAAUUAACGAGCUAUUGUUUCAAACAAGAAAGAAAAGGAAUUUGGAAAAUAGAGCACAAAAUCAAACAUACGAAGUUGGAAACCAGGAAAUAAUACAUUUAUAUGAUCCUCCACAUCUGAUCAAAGGUAUUCGGAAUAAUUGGCUAUCGAAAGAUGUAUUACAAGUUUCCAAUGCUCCGGGAGAAGAAAACCAAUUUGCAUCGUGGGACAUAUUAAAAACAGCUUGGAUCAUAGAUAGAAAGAUCAAUACCAUUCGACCACUUUUAAAAAAAAUUACAGCGGAGCAUAUGGUAGAAGAAAAAAUUAGUAAAAUGCGUGUAAAAAAUGCAGUCCAAGCAAUGAGUGGAACGAUGGCUAGUGCUAUUCAAACAUUCGCAACAUCGAAAUGCACGGUAUCUGUAAACAAUGAAGAAAUUCAAAUAGGAGAAAAAGAAGGAAUAGCAACAGCGACAGCAGUAAAUUUCUUCAACGAUCUUUUUGACAGCGUGAAUGGAGACGACAAAAGAGAAGACAGCAACGAUUUGCGUUGUUCUGUAAGUAAAAACAGCGAUCAUCAUGUAUUUUGG